ACGUAUACUGGGCUCAGUCUGGACUUAUUACUUGGGUUACCAUUUCCUCCGCACUUGUUCAGAUGUUUAUUGAUACCGUCAAGGUUUCUAGAACUUGCCUUCAAGAAAAAGAAGAACAGCCAGAAUGCAAUAAUACUACUAAUAAAAUUUUUCCAUGGUGGUUGAUAGCAUUGUGUAGAUUAGCCUUUGCUAUAAUACAAAAUGCAAUUGUAGCUAUAGUUAUUAGUUAUGAUAAAUAUGAUACUAUGCCUUGCCCAUUAUGGUGUGGUGAAAAAAUAUGUCAAGGCCAAUUUGGUAUAACCUUAGGUUUUUGGUUAUUGUUAAUACUUUCUAAGGCCUCAAUUGAAGAUUUAGGAUGCAGAACUAAAAAAAAUAUAGAGAUAGCUGUUAAAAUAUUCUCUAUGCUUGUUGAAAUUGCAGCAGAUGUUUUGGUGAUUUUUUGGCCAAUUCUUCAAUGUCAAUCGGAACCUAAAAAAUAUAACAGUUGGGAAAUAUAUAUUGUUUCAAUACCUAUUGCAGGAGGCUUUUUAUUUACGCAAAUUUUGCUUAGAUAUUUUUCAAAAUCAUUAAGAGCCUUUUAUGUUUCAAUCAUAUUUUUGAUCUCUCUAGUUGGUGCAUAUUUAGUUGCUACACAGGCUCCUUUACUACCAAUUUUCGGUAGGGAUAUUGGAAUAAUAUCAGGAGUAGCAGCGUUGCUAAUACCAGUUAUGAAAAUUUUUGAAACUUGUCAAAACAUUUAUUUAGAUUAA